GAAGAUGACCCGAUGAGUGACCUGAACAAGAGCUAAUCGGCCAGAUACCCCUCAUUCGGGUGAUUGCCACAGCAUCAGAAGAUCCAUCUGUCUUGUUCCCAUCCACCAAUCUCGCACUUCGAAUCGAAUCCUCUGACCCUUCGAACCGUCUCCUUUAGUCCACCCUGCCACUCGUUGUUUUGUCUGACCCUCCAUCGAACCCCGCAGUCGUUGUUCAUUGUCGCCAAUCGAGCUCAAGGUCUGACAGAAAUCCCAUCCUGCAUCGACUCCUCUGCCCUGCGCCACCUGCAGCUGCCGUUCGACCAGUGGAACAUCUCCCCAGAAACCCUGCUCAGUGGUUCGGUCCAUAGGAAAGCGAAGCUUCUUGUGGAUAUCGAUGCCCAGGGUGUCAUGUCAGUUGGACUCUGCGCUCACCUUUCCCCGCGCAUCAAAGAUUUCAAAUAAAUAGAAGUCUCGCCCUCGGUUGAUCGUCUGUUCCUCUUCUUCUGUUUAUCCACAACUCCAGAGGACUCUUUAAUUCAUCGUGAUACCCCUGCAAAAGUCGUUCUCAUCAUACUCAAUACCGCAAAUAUGUCGUUGUUCACCAAGAUCGAGACCCCCAGCAUCACCUAUGAUCAACCGACCGGCUUGUACAUUGAUGGCAAGUGGGUGAAGGGUACCGAGGGCAAGACCUUCGAGACCGUCAACCCCACCAACGAGAAGCCCAUCGUCGCUGUCCACGAAGCUGGCCCAGAGGAUGUCGACAUCGCCGUCAAGGCCGCCCGGAAAGCCCUCAAUGGCGUCUGGGGCCAGACGCUCCCCUCUGCCCGAGGUCAAGUGCUGACCAAGCUCGGUGACCUCUUCGACGAAUACUCCGACACCCUCGCUGCCAUCGAGUCUCUCGAUAACGGCAAGGCUCUUUCUAUGGCCAAGGUCGACGUCCAGUUGUCCUCCGGCUGCCUCAGAUAUUAUGGUGGAUGGGCAGACAAGAUCCACGGAAAGACCAUCGACACCGACCCAGAGACCUUCAACUACACAAGACACGAGCCAGUUGGUGUUUGCGGUCAGAUUAUUCCGUGGAACUUCCCUCUGCUUAUGUGGGCAUGGAAGAUCGGACCUGCUCUGGCCACUGGCAACACUGUCGUCCUGAAGACUGCUGAGCAGACGCCGCUGUCCGGUCUGUUUGCCGCCACCCUCUGCGAGAAGGCUGGUAUCCCCGCUGGUGUCGUCAACAUCAUCUCUGGAUUUGGUAAGACUGCUGGUGCAGCCAUUGCCUCUCACAUGGACAUCGACAAGGUCGCCUUCACUGGCUCGACCGUCGUUGGCCGAACCAUCCUCCAAGCCGCAGCCAAGUCCAACCUGAAGAAGGUCACCCUUGAGCUCGGCGGCAAGUCUCCCAACAUUGUUUUCAACGAUGCCAACAUUGAGGACGCGAUCUCGUGGGUCAACUUCGGUAUCUUCUUCAACCACGGCCAGUGCUGCUGUGCUGGCUCCAGAAUCUACGUCCAAUCCGGCAUCUACGACAAGUUCAUCGAGGCAUUCAGGGCCCGAACAGCCAAGAACGUUGUCGGUGACCCAUUCAAGCAAGACACCUUCCAGGGCCCUCAAGUCAGCAAGCUUCAAUUCGACCGCAUUAUGAGCUACAUCCAAUCCGGCAAGGAGGCUGGCGCCAAGGUCGAGCAUGGUGGUGAGCGUCACGGUGACGAGGGCUACUUCAUUCAGCCCACCAUCUUCUCCAAUGUCAGCCCAGAUAUGAAGAUUAUGCAAGAGGAGAUCUUCGGACCUGUCUGCACCAUCAGCAAGUUCGAGACCGAAGAUGAGGUUAUCAAGGCUGGUAACGAGACCACCUAUGGUCUUGCCGCUGCCGUUCACACCCAAGAUCUCAACACGGCCCUUCGUGUGGCCAACUCGCUCAAGGCCGGUACCGUCUGGGUCAACAACUACAACAUGCUCAGCUACCAAGUGCCCUUCGGUGGCUUCAAGGAGUCCGGUCUUGGUCGCGAGCUCGGCAAGUACGCUCUGUCCAACUAUACACAAGUCAAGUCCGUCCGUGUCCGACUUGGUGGUGCUCUUUUCGGUUAAACAUCCCGAAGAGGAUAAAAUCGAAAAACCACAAUUUAAAAAAAGUCGAACAUAUGCAAGGAACCAAAGCACCGAAGAUGUUGAUGACUUGAUUGUCUUGCAUCUCCACUGGUGCUGGCGCGCUGGGGGCAAAAAUGUAGCUUCGACUCCGGGCGUCGGUAACUCAGUCUAGCGCUUUUUGGUCUUCAGAUUUUAUGUAUAGGUUAAUGAGAUAUGAAGAAACAAAACAUAAAUGUCCGUGUUCAACUCAAU